AUGACCAGAGGAUUGCUUCUAGUCGCCGCCUCACUGGCAAUUGUAUCCGGACUGCUUGGAACGGUAGAGGCGCAAAGCAAACUGGUGUUCGCGCAUUACCUGAUCGGAACGGUCGACCCUGCGACAAAUCAUGCGCAGCUCGACAUCGACCAGGCACAAGCUGCUGGCUUCGACGCUUUCGCGCUGAACAUUGGGGCACCGUCGGCGUCGUGGGCGCUCAACACGACGGACCAGCUAUUCGACUAUGCGGACAGCGUGGGCUUCAAGCUCUUCUUCAGCUUCGACCUCGGACAAGACGGCACCCUCGGGGACUUCGACGCCAUCUACACGGAGUACUCUGAUCGUGACUCGUACCUGCACUACGGAGAUUCGAAUUUGCCCCUGGUCUCGUCGUACAGCGGCGGAUCCCUAGGUGCUUCGGCCUGGGAAUCGUUCAAGACGACAUACAAUGUCUAUCUCAUCCCGAACCCCGAGGCUGACGGCAGCUACUAUAGCGAUCCGGCGACCUUUUGGGGGACCUGGGGCUCCGCUCUUGAUGGCGUUUUCUCGUGGGAGACGGCUUGGCCGAAGCAAUCUGAUUCGCCUGUCAAUGUUUCGGCCAGUCAGGAUCAGGUCGUCAAAUCGGGCGCUGAUGCCGCUGGGAAGGCCUACAUGAUGGGUCUUUCGUCCCUGCAGUAUAAGCAUCUGGAUGGUUCGAACUGGUACCGAUCUGGCGAGGGAAAUUUCGCCCAGCGUAUGCAACAGAUCCUCACGGUUUCACCGCAGUUCGCUGAGGUCAUAACCUGGAACGACGCAGGCGAAAGCCACUACAUCGGCAACACCUGGGUCGAGGCCGACAUACCCGACUACGGCAACUCGGCCACGACGCCGCACUCGGGAUGGCAGUCGGUCAUCACCUCCUUCAUCGCAGCGUUCAAGUCCGGCGCCACCUCGACAAGCAGCAUGGUGCCAGCCGGCAACGCCCAGUUCGCAGGCGCCAUGUGGUACCGGCCCGUGUUGACGUCGUGCGUGACCCAAAGCGGCUCUGACGGAACGCCGCCGGGCUACCAGGCUGGCGUCGACGCUGUCAACUACGCCGUCGUGCUGCCUGCCGAUGCUAGCGGAUACACUGUGAAGGUCUCGAGUGCCGGGACUGUCAUACGGACCGACACUGUUGGUGCGGGCCUCAGCUUCAAUACCGUCGCGGGAAUGGUGCAGGGUGCUCAGACCUUGCAGCUGUUUAAUAGCUCGGGAGAUCUGGUUGCCAGUGCUUCUUCUUCUGUGGAUGUUGGUGACUCGCCUGUCGAUGGGUUUUGCGAUUUCAACUAUGAGGUUGUUGGGUUGUCUUGA